AUGUUGACCGGUCGAAAUCUCCUUCCACAAAUUACGCGUGCCCUGAGACCGGCUCGAACAUUGACUGCGGGUGGGAAGCUACAAUUUCGGCCCGAUUCCGAUAAUGUUAAUCCACCAGCCGUCACGCAGCUCAGUGAAGAAGAAUUUGCUCUCAAGGAUACGGGUAAGCGAGCUCAAAGAAUUCAAUAUGUAUUUUGCAGUGAAGAAGUUCUCCAACGAUGUGAUCAGGCCGUUGGUCCGUGAAAUGGACGCCUCGUCGAAGAUGGACUCGCGUGUUAUCCGAGGGACCUUUGAUAAUGGGGUAAGAAUUGAUGAAUUUUCUGUUUUACAGGUUCAAAUUGCUCUGCGGUCAUUUUUGGCUUUAGUUUAGAUAGGGAUUCUCAUUAAAUUUGAUUGCUAACUGCAAAAAAUUUUCAGCUCAUGGGAGUCGAAAUUCCGGAAGAGUUUGGAGGAGCCGGUGCCCCUUUCUUUUCUGUCGUCCAGAUCGUCGAAGAACUUGCCAAAGUGGAUCCGUCCGUCUCCGUGUUUGUUGACGUCCAAAACACCCUGGUCGUCCCUCUGAUCCAGGAGUACGGCACUCAAGCCCAAAAGGAAGCCUACUUGACCAGACUCCAUAAAGAUUGGGUUGGCUGCUUCUGUCUGAGCGAAGCUGAAUCCGGCUCCGACGCUUUUGCUCUGAAAACCACCGCCAAGCCGGAUGGAGACGAUUUCCUCAUCAACGGCACCAAAUUGUGGAUCACCAACUCGAGCCACGCCGAGUUGUUCCUGGUUAUGGCCAAUGUGGAUCCGUCCAAGGGAUAUCGUGGAAUCACUUGCUUCUUGGUGGAAAAGACUGCCCCAGGAUUGAGUGUGGGCCGCCCCGAAGACAAAUUGGGCAUCAGAGCGUCGGCCACAUGCCCAGUUAACUUUGAUAAUGUCAGAGUACCCAAGUCGGCGGUUCUCGGAGAAGUUGGAAAAGGUGAGGAUAAAAUUUCAUUUGGGCAACGAGAGAAAAUGAAUUAUAGGUGUAUUAGUGCGCAACAAAUUGCACGUUACUUUUUGCUGAGUCGAAUUUUUACCCAAAAUUUCAUUUUCAGGCUACAAAAUGGCCAUCGAAUGUCUGAAUGCGGGUCGAAUCGGGAUUGGGGCUCAAAUGCUGGGACUAGCGGAGGGAUGCUUCGAACAGACCAUUCCCUACCUCCAAGAACGCAAACAGUUUGGCCAACGUCUCAUCGACUUCCAAGGAAUGCAGCAUCAGAUCGCGGAUGUGGCCACCGACAUUGAAGCCGCUCGCCUUCUCGUCUACAACGCCGCCCGUCUCAAGGGCUCCGGCCAACCCUACAUCAAGGAGGCUUGUAUGGCCAAACUCUACGCUUCGAAUGUGGCCACUAAAACAACCUCAAAAUGCGUGGAAUGGCUGGGCGGAGUGGGAUUCACCAAGGAAUUUCCCAUCGAAAAGUAUUACAGAGACUGCAAAAUCGGCACAAUUUACGAGGGAACCUCUAAUGUUCAACUCAACACCAUUGCCAAAAUCAUUGACAAUGAGUUUAAACAGUAG